AUGAACUUGGCAGAAUCCGGAUCCAACUCGACACGAGAAGCACCGAUACUCCUUGAAACCUCUGCCUACCCGCUUUCCUGUGAAGCCAUGGACUGUGAAAAUGUGUUUACUAGUUCUUCUUCUCUGGAUUCCUUCUACAACUCAAGUGUCUCAUUGACCGAGACGGACAAUCUCAAUCUCGCGGUACACCAAUACAAUGAUGAAGAACCAGUCACGUACAGAGCAGGGGGCGGUGCAGAUCCUACUAAUGAUGUUGACCAUGUGAUAUCCUGUCACCUUCCCACAGCAACUGCGCCAAUUGUGCACCGGGCCCCAUCGUUGCCUCUAUCUUAUAUUGCCUCACCACAGUCGAUCGGCAGUCAAUCGACUACGUCGCCUUCUAAAGCUGGCAGUGACCUUCAAUGCAUAAUCAUUGGGGAUAACGAUGAAAAGAGACUGAAUGCCCGUCUAUCCUACGCGUCUUUGAUCCAUAAAGCGCUGGAGUCCGCCCCGAACAAGAGAUUUCGUCUCCAUGAAAUAUAUGCCUGGUUCGAACAGAAUACCGACAAAUGCAUACAUCACAAUUGUCAGGGAUUCAUCCGCUACAAUCUCACUAUGAAUAAAGGUUUUAAAGCCACUUCGAUAGAGCAUGCCCUGACCAAGGAGCUUGAAUACUGGUGGCACCUCACGGAUGAGGCAGAUAAAAACGGCUUGCAACGUACCCCGCGACCCCAGAGGUUGCAGACAAAACAAGAAAUGGGUCCGAAAACCGACCGAUCGUCUCAUGUUCCAUCCUACGCAGAUUUGAUACAUGAAGCGCUAACGUCCGCCCCGGGUCAGAAAUUAACUCUCGAUGACAUCUUCGCCUGGUUCAAACAGAAUACCAAUAAAGAUAAGAAGGAAAACUUUAGAGGAUGCCAAAAGACUAUCCGCCAUUAUCUCGCUACAAAUGACGUAUUUGACACGACUUUGACAAAGGAUGCCGGGACCAAGGAGCUUAUAACUGGUGGCACCUCACGGGGGUUUAAAACCGUUUUGAUAAAAGAGCGCCGGGCUAAGAGGAUUGAACUCUGGUGGUACCUCACGGAUGAGGCUGUUAAAAACGGCAUCCAACCAACCCCGAAGUCCAAGCGUUCCUCCCCGUCUGUCACCGAAAUUUCUACUUAUCAUGUGCCGCAGCACACCAUGGGCAUCGGCAACAAUGAUGGGCAAAUUUUCGCCCUAACAAAGAGCCUCGGAAAUGACGUACUGGUCCCUCGAAUGAAUGCUGAUAAUUCCUAUCACUUCGACUAUAGCGCAACCAGGUCCUCGAAAUGUGAUCAUAAACCGCUUUUUUCCGAAGACACAUUGGAACAGGAUCACAUCGAGUUGAUAGCGGGAUCUGGAGGUGAUGCGGCCAAUGUCCAUACAACUAAUCCCUUCGGGCUCACCAUGCAACCGCUUAAAGAAACGACAGGAAGAUUGCAGAUGCCAGAGCAGACUCAAAAUCUCUUCAGCUACGGAUAUGAAGGCGACUCCUCCCACAGUGGUUCACUAAAGCCCCAUGAAUUGCCUGGUCACCUACCCAAAUCGCAGUCUCGACAAAGUGUGCGACAAGACCCAUGGCCGCCGUCCGUCUCGUACAAGUCGACAAUGCUAAAUAAUGACUCAUAUCUCAUGGCACGCCCGAGAAGUAUCCAGCUAUCUUCCGCUACUUUGUCCGACGUCACCCCGAUCUGUCCCGCGAGGUCCAGCAGAUUCAAGCUGCUACCUUGCCAGCAGCACUUGGAAUCUCCCGAGCUCGCGGCUUCGGGUUUCUCGUCCUUCGAGGAUGAAAAGUCCCUGCUCUUCCUCAACUUUAAAGGUUUAUUUGAAUAUAUCCGGACGGGGCAUUUGCGUGAAGCGAGCCGAUUAUUAUUUGAAGCUUGCAAGUGGCUUCUGACCAAUUCACAGAAUUUUGGAAUGCCACGCGACCGCCAUCUUUCUUACUCUGACCUCCUGGAGAUGUGGAAGAAAUUGGAUCUAUGCUGGCUGGCUCUGAAUCAGAAGCAGCAAGACCUAAUAGAGGCUUAUCUCCGUGGUGAUCUAUCUACGCAAGAUAUUCUACCUCGUCAGGAUGAAAUAGAGGCGAUGGAGGAAGUCCGGAGGGGAAUUUGGGAAGAGAAGAUUAUCUAUGUGCACCCUUCUACAGUAGCUCUCUAG